UACACGGUGCUGUGUGGUUAUUGACUGCCACAACGCUGAACACGGUCCGCCCAACCAAUUCUGUGUUCAUGUGCUCAUGGCCCUUGAAAUGGCGAAUGUGGGGCGAGCUCCAGAGGCUGCAGUGGGCUUGCUGAAGAACUCUGAGAGCAGCAGCACGCCCAAUAACAACACCAGCAAGAUGAAAAGUAGCAGCGACAAGAGCAAAGACAUCUGGAUGAAGAUUGUAGAACACAACAAGGCGAUGGCCCGUGCAACGGGCGGUGAUCGCCCUGAUUCUCACCUCUUUGUGGUAGGAAGUCCUCAGGGAGGGAAGAGCACGCUCAUUUCUCGCUUCCUGAACCCGGAGAAAGAAGAGGCGGUCAGACCGACGAGAGGGCUAGAAUACACCUAUGCCCGCCGGCAGGCCAGGGGCGUAGCACCCGCUGGUGCUGGGGCGCUCGACCCUCGAAAGGAGGUAGCACAUGUCUGGGAGAUAUCGGGCAAGCGAGAGCUGUCGGAAGCGAUAGCGAGCCGCGAGGGUGUGUUCUUGUCGCUCAUGAUGCUCGCGACAUCGGUUGUGUUGAUCGUCGUCGACCUAUCGAAGCCGCACGAGGUGCUCGACACCCUCCUGUUCUGGCUGCGAAAAGUUCGCGAAAGGGCCGAGUCUUGCUACCAAAGACUGCUGAAGAGGGGUUCCAAGCUGCCCGAGCAGAUGAUGGCGAGGUCAAGGCGGCAAUUUGGGCUCAGCCACGAGGACAGAGAUCAAGUGCGCUUGAUCGGUAUACCCCUGGUGAUCGCGGCGACCAAGCAUGACGUCUUCAAGAGUCAGGAAGCGGAGCCCUGCAAAAUAAUGGCGCGGGUGCUGAGGUACUUUGCGCACUUGAGCGGGGCUCACUUGGUGUACCUAGGGGGUCUUGGGGUCGGGAAAGACAAAGAAAGGCCAGGAACAAUCGGACCCGACAGGGGAGUGUUGCAGGAUCAUGCAUCGCGAGCAAGGAGCCGAUCGCAAGAGAAAGCCGCCGUCGAUCACUUCCGAUCUCUUCUCAACCACCUCCUUUUCUUCAUUCCGCUCCCUAAAGUCGUGGAGUUCGAUCACAACAGGCUAUUGUGCGUACCUGUGGGAUCGGACAAGUUCCGCGACAUUAGCCGUCCCAAGGCGAACGACAACAAUGUGAACUACAACCCUUGGGAGUCAGGGGUGGGGCUCGGCGGCGACCGGCAGAGAUCUGUGCUCUCUGCCAUUACAACAACCACGGCGGCAGCAGUAGCAGCAGCAGCAGCAGCAGGAGGAGGAGGAGGAGGAGGAGGAGUGGGUCAAAAGCAGGAGCGUGAGGCGGGAGGGAUAUUCCCCUUCCAGAGCACAUCAUCAAGUGCAGUGGGCGGAAUCAGUCCUGGACCAACCGACGAUGACCGGGAGGUGGUCCAGUGGAUGAACCUUGUUCAGAACACGUUCCCGACUCCUAACCCCGAGCCGCAGAGGCCAUGGAGCUUGGACUCAGAUAAAUAUAAAGAGCCAGAGAUAGAUGCGAUCAAGGCGAAAAGGGAGGCGGAGCUGGCGGAGGGAAAAAGGAUGCAGUACAAGGCCAACACAGAAAGCAACCUCUUCCAUUUCCCGCCACCUAGCAGGGGUGCCACGUCAGAGCAAUCGGUCUCAGUGUAGGAGAGCAGGUCUGGUUGGGUGUGUAUUGUUGCGUAGCUUAGUAUCGCUUACUACAUCGCAUAGCUUUUCUAACACAUUCUGCGGGAAUUGGUUAGCUGGAUAUUCCUUUUCUUCACUUUUGCCUAUGUCACUAUGUGUGACUCUUUGGGAAGCUAUCUAUUCCUCUUCUUUGCGUUUCCAGAUGCUUCGGCAAUGAGCUAGAAAAGGGUAGGGAUGUGAAAUCCACAUGUUUUCUUUGUUUCCUUUCGAUUCAUUUGCCAUUGACACUGUUUAUUGUUGUUGUUGUUUUUGUUGUUGUUUCGAUUUCGAGUUCCCUGCCCCCUUUUCCCCCAUCUCCUCAGGGCCCCUUCGAAUCCUUGUUUGCACAACAACAAAGCUAAUAAGGCUUC